AUGUUUGUGCUCAAGGCGACGCUCAAGGACGAGACUCGCCGUCUCUCCUUCGACACCACCCGCUUCCCCAGGUACUCGGACGUCCAGGCAAAGGUGCGCACCCCCAUCGAGUACUCAGCUCACCCCCAGAUACGCGCCAUCUUCAACCUCCCCUCCACAUCCCACCCCUACUGGGUCAACGUCCUCCUCUUCCCAGACGACUCGCGCGAUGCCAGGAUCAUGUUCAAGCAGCACGUCUGUGAUGUCGAAGAAUACGAAUCCGCCCAGCUGCCUUUCGUCCACACCAUCGGCACCUCGCCCGCCUUGGUGUUCACCGUACUCCUCACCUCGGAUCCCCGCCUGGACUCUAUCCAUGGCUUCCACCGCGCCAACCGCCUCAUCAGCUCCUUCCAAGCCUCCACUAUGCGCCUUCAAGUCAAGGAGAAUGAGCUUGUUCACGAGUGCGCCCUGCUGACUGCGCUCGAGGCAAAGGUCCAGGACUGCAUGCAGGUCGGCGAUCAGACGGGCAUCGCCUUUUGGUCUUCCCGCGCGCAGGAUAAGCGAAACAAGGUCGCUUCUUUCGAAGAGACGGUCAAGCAGAUGCGACACGAUAUCGAACAGCUCAACCAGCAGCUCGACAAUGUGCCGGCCGAAGGAUACUCGCACAGCAGCUUGCGUGAUCACGCCCAGGCUCUCGGCCGAGAAGAGACCCUCCGCUCGCAGCAGACUGCCGAAGAGCUCGAAGCCUGGCGUCUUGGUGAAGAGCUCAACCAGCAAGACGAAGGUGCAUUCCCACCCCUCGAAGCCGUCAUCAACGGCGGCCGCCGCGGCAGCCAUCCUCACGGCCCAGGCUUCUUCCGCCCCAGCUUCCCGGGGAUGGCGCCACCUCCGCCUCAUGGCCACCCGCGGGCAUUCCCAUUCUCCCACUUUCCGCCUCCCCCUCAUCCUCCUGCGUUCGGCCCGCCCUUCUCGCACGAGAGGAUGCAGAACCACGAGCGCAAGAUCAAGGGUAUCCUUGAUAGCGUCACUGAAAUCCUAAACCCGAGCAACCCGAAUGGACUCGUUCCCGCGCAAGAGAUAAAAUCGAUGCUCGACGGCUUCUUGGGAAACCUCACCAACCAGCUUGCUGGCACGUUCGAAGGCUCCCCCCGCGUCUCUUCCACGCCCGAAGCCGAGCCCAAGAUCCCCGGUGCAUUCGUCUCUUCCCCCGUCCAGAACGACGUCUCCACCCAAACCACCCCGACCGAAAAGACGACAUCCGCGACCAAGCUCGGCGAAGGCGGAUUCCGCCACCGCCACAUCUGGUGUGACGGCUGCGAGCAAGAGAUUCGCGGGAUGCGAUACAAGUGCGAGCAAUGCUCCGACUAUGAUCUCUGUGGCUCUUGCUUGCCGCUCCUCAACACGGCCGCGCUCCACCCCAUCACCCAUUCGUUCAAGGCCAUGCUCCACCGCGACCUCCAAGAUCGCAUCAAGCUUACGGCGGAUGGGCUUGCUGACGAGAGCCAGAUGCACCCUGCUACGUGUGAUGUCUGCAGCAGGAACAUCUUGGGGGUGAGGUGGAAGUGUCUUAAUUGUCCGGAUUGGGAUGCUUGUGGCGUUUGUGCCCAGGGGUUGGGGCAGAAGCACCCGGGACACAGCUUUGUCAAGCUCUACAAGGCUGGUGAUUAUGUCACUGAUAAAGGCAUGGAGGCUAGGGACAAAGUCGCUCAUCCUCACGUCUCUUGCGACGGCUGUGAAGCUCGUAUUCACGGCAUCCGCUACAAGUGCAUGCACCCCUCGUGCCCCGACUAUGACCUCUGCCAAACAUGCGAGGCCCACCCCGCCACCGUCCACCCCGUAGACCACCCCAUGCUCAAACUCAAGGCACCUCUCCGUGUAAAGUUUCAAAGCUCAUACGAGCAAAAGACCCGUUCCCACGCUUCGUCCACCAGCUCGCCCGAAAAGGAAUCGCCCGAAAAGGCCAAGUCGGACAAGAUGACGACGACGGCGAGUUUCAAGGCGAAUAAGGUGAAGCCGCAUGGGGAUGCGUUCGGGGCGAGGACGGGGGGGCAGUGGCAGCAGCAUGCGCAUGCGGAGCAUUCUCCUGCGCCUGGUGCGAGGGCCAAGGUUGUGGAGGAUUUGCUCUCGUGGGCGGGUACUUCUGAUGUCAAGAAGGAGGAGCAGCCAGAAACUCCCAAGGCGGAGAAGAAGGAAAUUCUUGCGGUCAACCCUGCACCAGAGGUGAAAGCCGAGGUGCCCGCCAAGGCUGAGGAAGCUCCCGAGCCGGCCAAGGUUAAGAUUGAAACUCCCGAGCCGGUCAAGGAGCCCGUCGGGCCUCUAGAUAUCUUUUCCUACGUCCGCCACGUCACCAUCCCUCCCGGCACGUCCCUCCCCGCUGGUACAGUCUUUACAAAGAUCUGGAAGUACAAGCAUUUCGCUUCCGGUGACGAGUACCCCUUCGGGUCCAUCCACCUCGAGCAUCAGAGUGGACAAUCGCUCAUUGGAGGCGUCGAGGGGUGUAAUGUCAAGUUUGUGGUUGACAAGAAUGAUGUCAAGGAGGGGGAGGAAGGCGAGGUGAGGAUUGAGGGGUUGAAAGUACCCGAGAGGAAGGGAGAGGUGUUGGAGUGGUGGAGGUUUGUUGAUGAGAAGGGUGUCCAGUAUGGCCAGCCUUUCAGGUUGAGGAUCGCUGUGGCUGAAGACUUGGCUGCCAGCCGCAACAUGUCUGCCUCGAGCUUCAUCAUGCCCAGCUCGACCUCUACGUCCGAGCCCGAGCCCGCCGCUCCCAAGCAAGACGGAUCCGUCCCUUGCGGUACCCUCUACCACCACUACAAGACCUCCGCCGCUGGUGCUGACAAGGGCGCCUCGACCGAGAGCAGCCAGUACCUCUCCCCGCCCAGCUCGCCCUCUCUCCCACCCGUCACCUCUCGCAGCCGAUCCGUCAUGGACGACGACGACGAUGAUGACCUUUCCGUCGUCUCGUACGACUCGUAUGUCGAUGUGGAAGGGGUCAAGACGGGUACGACUCAAAGUGUGACGAGUGGGCUUGCGGAUGGUGAGGAGGGGGAGGCGGUGGAAGCUGGGAGCGAUGAAGAGUUUGAGGUUGUGGAGGAUAGUGAGGAGGAGAUGACUGCUGAUGAGCUCGAGAAUGCUUAA